AUGUCCAACAAAGAAAUCCCUUCUACAAGCCAAGAAAACAAUCCCACCUACUAUCACCAACAACAUCCCUUCUCAUCGCCCACCAUGGCCGAAACCGCCUUCCUAGUAAUGGACGUCCAAGCCGGCAUCGUGAGCCGCAUGGCCGCCCCCCCAAACUACCUCCAAAACCUCCAAAAAACUAUAACCGCCGCCCGCGCCCACCCCUCCACCAAGGUAAUCUACAUCACCGUAGCCUUCCGCCCCGGGCAUCCGGAAGUGUCGGCCUCAAACCCGAUCUUCGGCCCCAUUGUCUCGGCCAACCUCUUCGUGUCCGGCUCCUCAGAGACACAGAUCGAGGCGGCCAUCGCGCCCGUGGAAGGCGACAUCCUCGUGGAGAAGAAACGCGUGAGCGCGUUUACGGGAAGUGGACUCGAUGUCGUUUUGCGGGGCCUAGGGGUCGAGAAGCUGGUCUUGGCGGGGAUUAGCACGAGUGGGGUGGUGCUGGCGACGGUUGUGGAGGCGUUUGAUAGGGAUUUUGGGAUCACGGUGUUGAAGGAUUUGUGUGUGGAUGAGGAGCCUGUUCAUGAGGUGUUGAUGGAGCAGGUGUUUAAGAAGAGGGGCCAGGUUUUGAACGCGGAUGAGUGGUUGGAGAAGUUGAAGGUUUGA